UAGACCCGCCAGACCCGCCGCUGCCCAUCCCGCGCAUCCCGGGCGGGGCGCGGCGCAGCUAGCCCGCCUCCCUUCCACCCUCCCGGCGGCCGCCCGCCCGCGGCGGCCAUGGGGGCGCGGCUGGGGCGGCGGGCAAGGCCAGAUGCCCCCGAGGCGGCGGGCGCUGGGCCCGCGCCCUACGAGCGCCGGGUGCGCUGGCUGCGAGAGAUCCAGUCCACGCUCCGCGAGCGGCGGCCGGAGCGCGCUAGGCAGCUGCUGCGACUCCUGCGCCAGGACCUGGGCCUUGAAGGGAACCUCCUCACUGACAUCCUCUACAGGAAUGUGACUUUCCUUAACCUGGUGGACCCCAUCUCCCAUGACCUGCUGGUGAACCUGGCCCGGGACCUGCAGUGCCCCAAAAAGGACCAUGAGCUCUGGAAGUCCUCGGAUAAGAUCUGCCGGCAGCUCAUCUACCACCUCACUCCUCACUCCAAGCGAAAGCCCCACAGGAAAACCCAGAGCAGCCUCAAAAGCAGCCUCCAGAAGACCCUGCUGGCAGGGGAGACUGUGGACCUCUCUGGCAUCCCGCUCUCAGCCCGAGAUGUGCAGCACAUCACGCGCUACCUGGGCAGCCACGGCGUUGAGCUGGUGGUUCUGGACCUGAGCUUCACGGAGUUGAGCGAUGAGCUGCUGCACCUGCUGCUGCCCAGCCUCUGGGCUCUGCCCCGCCUCACCCAGCUGCUGCUCAAUGGCAACCGACUGACCAGGGCUGCUGCCCGUGAACUCACCGAGGCCAUCAAGGACCCCUCUAAGUUCCCCGUGCUGGCCUGGGUGGAUCUGGGUAACAAUGUGGAUGUGUCCUCCCUUCCCCAGCCCCUGUUAGUUGGCCUGCGACGGCGACUGAGUCAGCACGCCUCGCUGCCUACCAUCUACGAGGGCCCAGACCUCGAGCCCGGGGGUGGCAUGGCUGAGACCGCUGCUGCUGUCUCCACCUGGGGCUCUGCGGCCACUGAGCCAGGACCAGAGCCUCAGGGUUGUUGUGCCAGGUGACGUACCGCUGAUCUGGCUCAUUGCUACUGACUGAGGUCUUUUGAGAGCCAGGUAUUGGAGGCCUACGAUGUCCUACAGAGAGACAGCAAAAAUGCUCAACUUGGAGUGAAGUGGGUGGAAGGAGAAGGGUUUGUGGGAGGCAGGCCGGCCAGCCCAGGCUCGGGGCUCCACCUUGCCUGGUAAGAGGGGCCCCCGCGCCCACAGCCCAGACCUUCCAGGAAAGGAUGGUAUCCCUCACCUCAGGUUUUAGGUUCCACAGACUUCAAACUCAACUGAGCUCCAGGCCGGUUGCAAAGGUAGGAAAAAAACCCCACCUGUCCAGAGUGGGUGGACCACAGCCAUGCUGGUGUCCCUUAGUGCUCACUCAGCUCCACAGAGACCAAGACGUAGGGGUCAUGGGUUCAAAGGUGUGGGCUCGGGAGUUAGAGAAGACCUGGCCUCAGAGCAGGGAUUGAGCUCUAUACAUUUGGGAGUUUUGGGAGUCACAGCCAGGCAGAGUUCUGCAUGGAGCCCCCAAUCAGGGCCCUUCAGUGUGCACUGGGCUGGGACAAAGCUUCGCUCACUAAAGGCAAAGCCACAGCAGAUCUGAGGGACACAGCACUGCCCAUCUUCCCUAGCUCUAGUCUCCAGGCUUCUGGGAUACGGGAAGUGAACAUCUCGCAGGGCGAGGAGAUGCAUCUGGCUGAAGAUGAAGAGAUGCAGUGUUUCCUCUAGUUCAGGGGUUACACACAGCAUAUAAGGGGGCAGGGUGGGCCCAGACAGCAUCAGGAAUUCUCAGGGCAGAACUGACCUAACGGUAUCUCUAUAGGGAGUUACUGUCUUCCUUUCCAAAAUUCCUCAAGAUGGCCUUCCAACUAGAAGCCUAAUGUCUGGUCACCCUCAUUACCCCAUUUAGCCCAACUAGUAGACAGGCAGGGCAAGUGAGGAAGAGACUCAGAGAAGCACAGGAUAGGGAAGCCAGUGGCCUAAGGCCUCUGGGUAGAGUCAAGACAUAAGGCCCAGUGACAGUGGAGAGACCCAGUGACAGAUGAAAGCCUCGGAGCCAAGCUAAAGCGGGUGUCACCCUGGACUCGUGUGCCCACGGCCCACCAGCUCUGACCCCCCAACCUCCCUGUCUGGUUCCAAGUGGGCUAGGGACAGCACAUCCAGACCACAUGAAACUCCAAGUCCAGCACAUCCCCAGCCCAGGGUGGCCAAGAAGGGAGAGAGCUGGAUUACAUCAGGUCCCAGGCCUGGGAAAGAGGGCAGGUGAGGAAAAGGAGUUCACCUUACUCUCCACCGCCUUAGAUAACUGCUUAUCAGGAGCACAGGGCUUCUGGCUUGGCUCUGUGCUUCCUGGGGGACUGCCCGGGUCCUCUAUCUCUUUGGGUCUGGGACCCAACUCCUCCUACUUGUUAAACAGAACUCGCUGUCUUGGCUCCUGACAUCCAGUGCUUCAUCUUGAGUUACUACCUGGCCCCCUCCCCCUUGUUUUAGAGACUUGGCUUAGAAGUUGUGGGACUUUCUCUUUGCCUUAACCACUCAUGACAAGGGUUGGGGCUUUCUGGAAUGAGGCAAAGCAGGAUGGAGCAUGGACCAGCAGAGGGAAAGAGGGGAGGGCCAGCUUUGGGCCCAGCAGACUGAUAACCCCAUCACAUGCUCAGGCGGCUGAGUUCUCCCUGUAACUCCUUGCCGUAAAAAAAGCAGAGCUCUGAGCCUCUCCUGCCCUCCUUCCUCUGCCCACAGCUGGCCUGAAGCUAGCCCACAAACCUUCAGAUAUCACUGCACAGCAGGACUCCUCCUGGGAUGGUAUGUGAGAACCAGACCCAUGUGUCUCCCCGAAGCUUCCAGGCAAAUCCAGAUGGCAGCAGAUGGCUUCGAUUUCUCCACCUUUAGGAGGCAAGUGACGUAACAGCUGAGCUAGAUCCUGAGACGGCUUUAGGAGAUGUGGGCAAAGUUGGCUUUGCUGCUAUGCAAGUGGUCCUGGCCCUUCACGGAAUUCUUAUGACCUCCAGGACGGAGAUUCCAUGAGCAGGGACAGAGAUUUCCAGAAGUGAGGGCUGUGCCUUGUCUGUGUGCUACUGUACCAGAACACCACAUCCUGGUCAGUUAUAAACAACACAAGUUCACUUAGCUCAUGGUUCCGAAGGCUGGGAAGUCAGCAGAAGAGGUGCAUCUGGCGAGGGCUUUCUUGCUGUGUCAUUGUCUCCGUCACGUGGCUAGAGAGCAUGAAAGGGGCAACAAGGAUUUCCAUGCAAGAGGGAAGAGCCCUGCUAACCUAAUCACUCUUUAAAUCAUACGUCAGGCCUUCUGGGUUUUCAGUGCGCGCAUUCUGAGGGAGCUAUUCAAGCCUGCAGCGCUUCACUCAGCUCGGUGGCUAAGAGAGCACUGACCAGGAGAGAAAAAAGCAUGUAGGACCUUGCUCACGUGCCAACCUAGAGGCAUACAACCUGGGUCCAGACCCCUCACUCCCUAGCAGCAUGGUCCAUUAGGGAAUUAGGUACAAAAAUCCCCUUUGUUCUCAUGAGAUAAGAAGGAAAUGAGGCUUGAAAAGGACCUGUCACAUGAGGCCAGCAUGCCAGUGUCGGUGAGUCCUUCACCCAGGCUCUCUGUGUGGUGAAGUCUGGCAAGAGGUAGGCUGAAAUGCCUAUCUAUCUAUCUAUCUAUCUAUCUAUCUAUCUAUCUAUCUAUCUAUCAUCUAUCUAUCAUCUAUCUUAGCACUGAGAAUUGGACUCUGGGCCUGAAGCAUAUUAGGCAAGUAUUUUAUUUACAGCACUGCAUCCCAGCUCUCCAUGUUCUAUUCAUUCAUUCACUCAUUCAUUCAUUCAUUCAUUCAUUUUAUUACUUAUUUAGCUACACUCUUAGAUGGAGCCUGCCCUGGGCUUGACUUUUCAAUCACCCUGCUUUUGCCUUCUGAGUGCUGGAAUGACAGGCCUGUGUCACUGUGUCCAGCACAAUCUUGCUGAGAAUCCAGAAUCAUGGGCAACUGGUUCCUGAAGCACCACGGUUUCCUCUGGGUGGAAAGGAAAGCACACUUGUCCUGGGAGAUUGUUGCCAGCUGUCACCACUCCCGUCAUCUCCACUAACAAAAACCUUCCGUAUUUUCUUCCCAACUGCAUACUUUUUGUUUUUUAAAACAGUAAAUUAUUUAAAACAAAACCAAGUUGUUCUGAGCUGGGUGUGGUGGCACAUGCCCGUAGGCCAGCUGUUGCGACGUAGUAAGCGUCUAUAAAAAUUGCAACAUAAUAAAGCAAACACACUGUGACAAACUUAAAGUGUGCAGCAUAGUUUUAUCAGAUUUACACAUUCAUAAAAACCACAGUAGUAAAUGUGUCUGUCAGCCCCAAGCUUGCUGUGUUCUCUGCUGACCCCUCCCCUCCGCCCCCAGAAACCACGGGUCUGUGUUCUGCUCCCAUAGAUCAAUUUACAUUUGCUAGAUUUAGACCAGUCCGUGGGAUUGUACAAAUGUACUAUUUUAUAUAGUUUUUAAAAACUAAAAAGACAGCAUAAUUAUUUUGAGACAUCUAUAUUAUUGCAUGUAUCAAGAAUUGCUUUUAGAAUAAUAUUUCAUGGGUGUACCAGUUUAUGCAUGAACCUGUUGAUGGAUAUCCAGUUUCUAGGUUCUGGCUAUGACAGACAAAGCUGCUAUGAAAAUUCAUGCACUAGUUGUGGCAUGAACAUUUCGUUUUCUCUUGAGUAAGCGCCUGGGUAUGAGUCUGUUAAUUAGUCUUUCAUUGCUCUGAGGAAAUACCUAUGAGAAACAGCUUAGGAGAGAAAGAAUUUACUUUGGUUCAUGAAUUAUUCCAGGGGUGUCCAUCCACAUUUACUUGGUCCUUCAGCCCUAUACUCUUGGGCCUAAAAAAAGGCUAAAAGUGUUCAAGCAAAGCCAUUCACCUUGUGGCUACUAGGAGAGAGAGAGAAAUUGCGGGCGGGGAUAGACUUUGGGUGACCUUCUUCCAAUAACCCACCCAACUCUAACCUCAUCGGUGGAUUAAAACACGGGUGAUCUAGUUACCUCUAUAUUGCACCACCAGCUAUGAAUCAAGCCACUAAUAUAUCAACCUUUAGAGGCUACAGUUCAUAUCCUAACCUAGGUCACAUGGUAGAUGUCUCUAACACUUUAAGAAAGUGUUGCACUGAUUUUCAAGGUCUUUAUAUAAUUUCACAGUCUUGGUAUUAAUGUACAGGAUUUCGGGUCUUCCUGUUUAUAGUUGUUGAAUGAAAACAUUAAUAGUCAUUGAUUGAAAACAUUAAUAAUUAAUAUCAUGGUGUACACAGGAGGGUGGGAACACAUUCCAUGGCACACAUGGGAAGGUCAAAAGACAACUUUAAUGACUUAGUUUUCUCCUUCCAUAUCUACAUGGACUCCAGGAUCUGAACUCAGAAUGCCAGGGUGGCACAGCAAGAGCCUUUACCUGCUGAGCCAUCUCGAUUGCCUUCUGGUUUUUAAUUUGAUUUCACUAUUGUCUGAGAUUGCAGUGUGGAUCUGAACUGUUUGAAUUUGUUGGCUAGUUUCACAGCUCAUUAUAUGGCCAAUAACUGUAUGUGCUUGUAAAGAAUGUGAAUUCCACUGCAGUUGGGUAAUCAAUAAGCAUUAAUCAAAGUCAGAGUGGUUGAGAGUAUUGUUUAAGUCUACACUACGCUUGCUGAUUUUCUGCCUAUUUGUUGUUUUUUUUUUUUCUGCUGAGAGGGAACACUGAAGUCUCUGACUAUAAUGGUGAAUUUGUCUCUCACUGAUGUUCUACCAUUUUUUGCUUUGUGUUUUCUGAAGAUUUCUUACUGGGAACAUAAAUGUUCAAGACUGCUAUGAACCCUCAAUUAACUCUCCUGCUAUCAUCAUGAAAAGGACUCUUAUAUCCUGGUGAUAUUCCUUCUUCUGAAAUGUGUUUAACUCAGAUUAAUUAGUCACAUGAUGCUUAAUAAUCAUAGCUAUAUUAUUACUAAUAGAGAGGUUUUAUGUCAAGUUGAUGCAAGCUAGAGUAAUUUGGGAAGAAUUAGUUGAGAUAAUAUACCCACCAGAUUUGCCUAUACAUAAGCCUGUGGUAUAUUAUUGUUAAUUAGUGAUUGGUAUGGGAGGGCCCAGGGCACUGUGGGUAGUGCCAUCCCUGGGCUGGUGGUCCUAGGUUCUAUAAGAAAGCAGGCUGAGCAAGCCAGGAGCAGCAAGUCAGUAAACAGCACUCCUCCAUGGUCUCUGCAUCAGCUCCUGACUCCAGAUUCCUGUUCUAAUUGAGUGCUUGCCCUGACUUCCCUCAGUGAUGGACUGCAUUAACUGUAAGCUGAAAUAAACCCUUUCC